AUGGAGUUUGAUGAAGUUGCAGUUUAUUUCUCUGAGGAAGAGUGGGUUUGUUUAACUGAAGAACAAAAAAAACUUUAUAAGGAUGUGAUGAUAGAGAAUUACCAGAUCCUGAGGUCUCUAGGAUACACUCAUGUGAAACCUUUACUUGUUAAAAAGCUUGAGUGCAGAGAGGAGCCGUAUAUGAACAGUCUUCCAUUUACCAAUGAUACAUUCACAGACGGUAACAAUCCCAGUCAUGAUCAGAAUGCUGAUGCUUUAUUUAACGUUGUUCAGAAUCAAAGUAGUAAUAUGGAAUAUGUAUGUUUGAAAUGUGGGAAGUGUUUUACUAAUAUAACAAGCCUUAUUAGGCAUCAGAAAAUCCACACAGAAGAGAAAGCAUUUUCAUGUUCUGAAUGUGGCAGAUGUUUUACUCGAAAAGCACAACUCAUUACUCAUCAGGUAACACAUACUGGCGAAAAAGCAUUUUCAUGUAUGGAUUGUGGGAAAUGUUUUACUCGGAAAUCAAAUCUAAUUACUCAUCAGAAAAUUCAUACGGGAGAGUGUUUAUUUUCAUGUUCUGAAUGUGGAAAAUAUUUUACUCAUCAACAAGCGCUUACUCGCCAUCAAAAAGUUCAUCAAAAAAUGCGUACAGAAGAGAAAGCAUUUUCUUGUUUUGAAUGUGGGAAAUGUUUUGUUCAUCUACAAGCCCUUAUGAGUCAUCGGAAACUUCAUACGGGUGAAAAACCAUUUUUUUGUUCUGAAUGUGGGAAAUUUUUUAGGCAAAAGGCACAUCUCAUUAACCACCAGAGUGUUCAUACAGGAAAGAAAGCAUUUUCAUGUGCUGAAUGUGGAAAAUGUUUUACUCAACUACCAACUCUUAUAUCUCAUCGAAAAAUUCAUACAGGAGUGAGACCAUUUUCAUGUUCUGAAUGUGGGAAGUGGUUUACUCGGAAAACACAUCUUAUUGCUCAUCAGACAAUUCAUUCAGGAGAGAAAACAUUUUCAUGUUCCGAAUGUGGGAAAUGGUUUUCUCGGAAAUCAAGUCUUAUUAGUCAUCAGAAAAUUCAUAUAGUAAACAAAGCAUUUUCAUGUUCUGAGUGUGGGAAAAGUUUUGCCUGGAAAUCAGAUCUUAGUAAUCACCUGCAAAUGCAUACAGUAGAGAGAGGAUUUUCAUGUUCUGAGUGUGGGAAAUGUUUUGCCUGGAAAUAUGAUCUUAGUAAACACAAGAAAAUUCAUACAGAAGAGAAAGCAUUUACAUGUUCUGUCUGUGGGAAAUGUUUUGCUUGGAAAUCAUAUCUUAGGAAACACCAGCAAACUCAUACAGGAGAGAAACCAUUUUCAUGUUCUAAGUGUGAGAAAUGUUUUGCUUGGAAAUCAGAUCUUAGUAAACACCUGAAAAUGCAUGCAGGAGAGAGAGGAUUUUCAUGCUCUGAGUGUGGGAAAUGUUUUUUUGGGAAAUCAGAUCUUAGGAAACACCAGAAAAUUCAUACAAGAGAGAAAGUAUUUUUGUGUUCAAAGUGUGGGAAAUCGUUUGCCUUGAAAUCUGAUCUUCGUAAUCAUUUAAAAACGCAUACAGGAGAGAAAGCGUUUUCAUGUUCUGAGUGCGGGAAAUGUUUUGCUUUGAAAUCAUCUCUUAGUAAUCACCUGAAAAUACAUACUGGAGAAAAAACAUUUUCAUGUUCAAAAUGUGGGAAAUAUUUUGCCAGGAAAUCAUCUCUUAGUAAACACCAGAAAUCUCAUAGAAGAGAUAAAGCAUCUUGAUCUUCUGAGUGUAAGAAAUGUUUUACUGGGAAAUUGAUUGUUAGUAGUUUACUUUUCAGGAUCUAGGAAAUGUUGUUACCAAGAUAUAUAUUUUUGUUACUUAUUAGAGAAUUCACAAAUAAUUUAUGUUGAUAUUCAAUUAAAACUAUACUUCAGAGAACACGUGAUAGCUAUCACUUUCCUAAUUAUUGCCAAUUGAGCAUCCUACACUCAUUGACUAUGGGAGUCUAACUCAAAUAGGUAUGCUCUAAUGUUAAAUAAUUUUAUAUACCAUAGAUGAUAGCUAGUGUACUAGCUAAUCAAGUGCAAGGUUCUGGCUGUUUAUUAUUUGCUGUCUGACUUCCUUACAUGUCUUUCUUUUCUUUUUUUGGUUAAUAUAAUCAGUUUUAUUGAUCAAUUGUAAAAGUACAACACUGUACUUUUACAGCGACAUAAAGCGCUGUCAAUUAAAAAUGCUUAAGAAGAA